AUGGAACUAUGUUGGCAUGAAAUUGUUGGAGUGGUAACUAAGGUUGGUACCAAGGUAGACAAGUUCAAAAUCGGAGACAAAAUAGGCGUUGAAUAUCUAGUAGGAUCAUGUAACGAAUGUGAAAAUUGUACCAAUGAUCUCGAGAAUUACUGUCCUGGACAGGUAUUGACAGCCAAUGGUACUCACUCUGAUGGAACCAUCACUCACGGUGGUUACUCCGAUCUCAUGGUUGUCAACGAGCAUUUUAUCGUUCGUUGGCCUGAUAAUUUGCCAAUGGAAGCAGCUCCCCUAUUAUGUUCAGGGGUCACAACUUAUAGCCCUUUGAGAUAUUACGGACUAGAUAAACCUGGAAUGCAUAUUGGUGUUGUUGGUCUCGGUGGACUUGGACAUAUGGCUGUGAAAUUCGCCAAGGCGUUUGGAACCAAAGUUACUGUCAUUAGUACAUCUCUUAGUAAAAAAGACGAGGCAAUUGAGCGUUUAGGAGCAGACUCAUUUUUGGUUAGUCGUGAUCCUGAACAAAUGCAAGCUGCAGGGGGUUCACUUGAUGGAAUCAUUGACACUGUUUCCGCGGUUCAUCCUAUUUUUCCAUUGCUUAAUUUGUUGAAAACUAAUGGGAAGCUAGUGAUGGUUGGUGCCCCUGAAAAACCACUAGAGUUGCCUGUAUUUCCAUUGCUUUCAGGACGAAAGCUAGUGGGAGGGAGUGCGGUAGGAGGGGUGAAAGAGAUACAAGAGAUGGUAAGCUUCGCGGAGAAGCAUAACAUAACGCCAGAUGUUGAAGUUGUGCCAAUGGAGUAUGUGAAUACAGCGGUGGAACGUCUCGUGAAAUCGGACGUUAAGUAUCGUUUUGUUCUUGACAUUGGCAAUACUUUGAACAAGAGUUAAUAUAGGGACAUGUU